AUGAAUAUUGACAAUGGCCUAAUUAACGGAGUUGUAUUUAUUGAUUUAAAGAAAGCUUUUGAUACGAUCGAUCAUCAAAUUAUCCUACAAAAGCUUAAAAAUUAUGGUAUUGACGAAAACAGUCUUACUUGGUUUCAUUCAUACCUCACUGAUAGAACUCAAAAGUGCCGGGUAAACGGUCAACUGUCAGAUUCUGUGCCAGUGGCCUGCGGUGUACCUCAAGGUAGCAGCCUAGGGCCAUUGCUAUUCCUCAUCUACAUUAAUGAUUUACCGAACUGUCUUGAUCAUACAACUGCCAGAAUGUUCGCAGAUGAUACAAGUAUUAGUUAUGCAUCCGACUCUGCCAAAGAUCUCCAAAAUGUCAUUAACACCGAAUUGAAAGGUCUAAGCGAUUGGCUAACCACUAAUAAACUAAGCUUAAAUAUUGUAAAAACAGAAUUCAUCGUAGUUGGAUCUAGACAGAGAAUAAAAACACUAAAUAAUGAAAUAGAUAUUGAGAUAAACGGUAAUAUGGUCAACCAAGUUACUUCGGUAAAAUCUCUGGGUGUCCAUCUUGAUAAUCACCUUAUGUGGUCUGAGCAUACUGACAAACUAUGUAAAAAAAUUGCUUCAGCCAUAGGGGCUUUAAAACGUAUAAGAUCCUGCAUUUCAACGAACACGGCUAUCCAAGUAUACCAAGCACUGAUUCAACCUCAUUUUGACUACUGCUGCUCG